ACGCGGUGCCAGAACCGACUUUUUCUUUCAGGUUAUUAUAGCCAACGCUCGCCGCCAUACAAAGGCCCCUGUCGCCCUGUGCGCUGCACCACGUCCUCGCUCGUUGGCCGACUCUCGUUCGUGGCCGUGCCUUCCCUCACACUCGUUCCCUGCUGCAGCUCCAUGUCCUCUCCCCGCCCGAUGGCCCAGUCGUCCUACUUCCCGUCCCCGCACCCUGACGGCCUCGGGGCGAGACCGAUUGACAUCAUGCCCGAUCCCGCAACACACCUGUCCGAUCUCGAGGAGCACGCCAACGAUGGCGCAUCGGUCAGCAAUUGCAUUGUGUCUCCCCGCGGCCUCUUCCGCGUGUACCGCUUCCACUCGCUGCAAGGCCACGGUGGGGUCCCCAUCUCUAUCCCCGUCAACUUCACCUUCCGCCCGAGCGAGACGACAUAUCUCCGCAUCGUCGUGGGCCGCAAGGCCCUCAACACGACCGUGCGCCAGAUGUCCAAGGCCGGAGUCUGGGAGCUCGAGGCCGUCGUCCCGCGCAUGGAGAACGACUGCCCGGAGCCGACGCCAGUCACCAUCACCGCACAAGCGUUGACAGGCAUGAACGGCGUCCUCGACGCGGUCACCGUCGGCACCUACACCUAUCUGCCAUGUGAGCCGAGUCGCGACUGUCUUCCCCGCUACCGGCUAACGGCGUCCCCCGCCACCUGCGCAGCACUGUCCCUGAACGGGCUCCCUGACCGGUACAGCAUGGAGUCCUCCCGCCAGCACCUCGCACCGGCGGCGCUGCACCGCGCGCAGAGCUGCCCCACGACAGGCCUCGCCGCGCGGCCACGGUCGUCGUCGCCGGGCGGCGGCGUCCACGCGCUGCUGCCCUCCUCGCGCCAGCGCUCCUCCGCGUCGCGCGCGUCAAGCUCGCGCCACCGUGCGAAAACGAUCGCCUCGGUGCGGCAGAGCAGGAAGCAGACGCUGAUGCGCACGCGCCGCUUCGGGCCUGGCGAGGAGUCGCCCGAGUCGCACCGCGCCGUGCUCGAGAUCCUCACGCCGCUCGAGACGAUGUGCGCGGGCUGGGCGGAGGACGAGCUGCGGAUCGGCCGCCGCCUCGUCCGCUUCCGCCGCGCGCAGGAGGGCCACCGGCUCAAGCUCAGCUGCGAGGGCAUCCGCCAGGACGAGUACGUCGAGGGCGACUCCGUCAUCUCCUGCAUCUACCGCCGCGACACCGACUCGUGCUACGUCACCUCGGUCGACAUCAUCUCCCUCCUCGAGGGCAUCGUCGGCGAGGGCUUCGAGAUCGAGGAGAAGAACAGGAUCCGGCGCAACCUCGAGGGUUUCCGCCCCAAAACCGUCUCGAAAAACCGCGCGGGCUCGGAGAGCUUCUUCCAGCAGAUCAUGGACUUUCCCGCCCCCAAGCCGCGCAACAUCGAGAAGGACGUCAAGGUCUUCGAGUGGAACGUCCUCCCCCAGGCCCUCGAGAAGAUCAUUUCAAAAUACUCCCUGUACUACACCACCAACGACACGGGAGACGCAGGCCUGUCCGCGUCGCCGAGCCCAGAGUUCGUCCAGCACCCCGGGUCGCCGAGAGGCCUCCCCAGAUUCCCUUCUCCGUCCUCAUCCGACAUACCCCCUGAGGCUGGCGAGGACGCCUACUAUCUCGCAGACGCCUUCGCCGAGUCAGGGUCCCCCGAGCUCUCGUACGGCUCGCGCUCACUCCUGCCCGCAUCGCUCGCCGCGUAUCCCGUGGACUCGCCUGCGACGGGCUCGUACAGCUCCCUGAUCGAGACCGCGUCGCUGUCCGGCCUGUCGUCGGGCCACUCGGACAGCUCGCGCUCGAGCUACGGCACCGUGUACCGUCUCGUGCCGCCCCAGGCCCCCUUCUCAGACAUGACUAUGCCCCCGGGCCACCUCUUCCACGCCGCCGACUUUCAUUCCAUCGAGUCCUCCCGCAUGCGCUCCUCACCUGUUCCGUACUUUUGACCCUGGGCGCUUUCGUACGCCUUGUCCAGACUUGUCCAGAGAUCCACCUGUUAAUAAUGUGCAUUGUAUCCCUUUUCUUUCUUCCUUUU